AUGUCGAAGGUCUUGGGAUCGUUUGUUCAAAAAGCGCAGUCUCUCAAGAAUGCACCCUCCAAAUUUUCUAGCGCCGCGGUGGAAGGCAGCCGCCUGAUUCCUUCCAGAACCAAGGACGCCGAUUUUCAGCUUCGCAUCGACGCCGGCCAUUACGACCCAGGCUCAAAGAAAUUGAAUGUUGUUUUACAAGUUAAUUCGCAGGCCAAAAGUCCUGUCCUGAAGGACUGGGUCAAGAGAAACACAACACACGCAAAGCUCGCAACCUCGGUAUUCGAUACCGCUGCUGAGGACAAACAAGCAGAGUACGAGAGGGUACUACGUGAUCUUGAAGAGAAAGGCAAGAAGAACCUCGGAUGA